AUUCAGCGUAAGGGAGAGGUGGGCUGUGAUGUCAUUUCCCCUCCUGGUUGCUGUGGCGGGGCCGCAGUCCCGGGAACGAGACCUGCCGUUGAAAUAGAAGAAAUUUUCCUGAUUUCUAGCAUCUUCAAUUAAUGUUUGAAAGUAGAUAAUGACAUUGGAUCUGACCUGCACGAUGGCGGUUUUCAAGCAAGAUAAUGUGGAGAAAUAUUAUGAGAUGGGAGAAGAGUUGGGGAGUGGCCAGUUUGCAAUUGUGAAGAAAUGCCGGGAGAAAAGCACCAACAUAGAGUAUGCAGCCAAGUUUAUCAAAAAGCGGCGCCUGUCUUCCAGCCGUCGAGGGGUGAGCCUGGAGGAGAUUGAACGGGAAGUGAACAUUCUGAGGGAGAUCCAGCAUCCAAACAUCAUUACUUUACAUGAUAUCUUUGAAAAUAAGACAGAUGUUAUCCUAAUCCUUGAGCUGGUGUCAGGAGGGGAGCUUUUUGAUUUUCUAGCUGAGAAAGAAUCGUUGACAGAGGAAGAGGCAACAGAAUUUCUCAAGCAGAUUUUGGAUGGUGUACACUACCUGCAUUCAAAGAAGAUUGCUCACUUUGACCUCAAGCCUGAAAAUAUCAUGCUUCUGGAUAAAAAUGUUCCCAAUCCUCGCAUCAAGCUGAUUGAUUUUGGUAUUGCGCACAAGAUUGAGGAUGGGAAUGAAUUCAAAAACAUCUUUGGAACUCCCGAGUUUGUUGCUCCUGAAAUAGUAAACUAUGAGCCUUUGGCUUUAGAAGCUGACAUGUGGAGUAUUGGUGUCAUCACCUAUAUUCUUUUAAGCGGUGCUUCUCCAUUCCUUGGUGAAACUAAACAAGAAACCUUAACAAACAUUUCUGCUGUGAACUAUGACUUUGAUGAGGAGUACUUCAGUAACACCAGUGAGUUGGCAAAGGACUUCAUCCGCAGGCUUCUGGUGAAAGACCCAAAGAAGAGAAUGACAAUUGGUGACAGUCUAGAGCAUUCAUGGAUUAAGGUGAUUAAGAGAAGAAAUGUGAGACGUGAGGAUAAUGGCAAGAAGCCAGAGCGUCGUAGACUGAAGACAACCCGCCUCAAGGAAUACACAAUCAAGUCCCACUCAAGCAUGCCUCCAAAUAAUACCUACGUCAACUUUGAGAGAUUCUCUAAAGUUCUAGAAGAAAUCAAUGCAGUAGAUGAAAGCAUUCAGGAGCUGGUGAAAAAUAAAAAAUCUUUCAAAGAGGACAUCGAUGCUCUUGUUUCCAUUUAUGAUGAGAAGGAAUCCUGGUACAAAGAAGAGAAUGAUAGCAUCAGCCAAGACCUUGGGCACAUUAAGAAUGAAAUGCGGAAAACAGAAACAAUGCGGAAACAGGCACAAGAAGAAGUCAAAUCGACGAUGUUGUCUACCAACAUCCUGAAACGGAAGUACACAAAGCUGGAAAAUCGUUACGAUGCACUGGCUGUGGAACUGAAGUGGGUUGAGGAGCUCCUGAAGUCUGUAGAGCAGGAGCGAAUGCAAGGAGGGGUUGGCGAUGAUAGUCGUCUUGGAGGAAUGCGUUAGAAUUAACAAAAUUGUUAUCUAAGAAAUCACCAAACUAGUUGACUUGAAGCCAGCCAAAUCGGACAAGAUGGUUUCAGAAUUUCUUCAGUUAUUGUCCUGAACACCAGUCUUUGGGUUUAUUUAUAAACACCAAUUUGGCUUUAUUCCAGUCUCUCUCACAAGCUUGGGCUCAUUGCCAAACCUGAAUGACAUUCCAGUCUGAAAACACCAUACAAACAUGUUUAUUCCAAAGGAUCAUUGAUUCCACAAACUCUGCAUGCUGCUGUUGGCUUGUCCCUGCUGCUGUUGCAUUUCUCUCUGGUCAGCCUUGCUUUUUUCCAGCCGCUGGAGAUCACUGAUUCCAGGGGACGUAGCCAUUCUUAAUGUGGGUACCUCAGUAUUUGGGAACAAAUGGGCGGGUCAGUUGCAAAGGAAUCCUUUCCUCUGGACAACUCCCAUCACCACUUCCUUCAUCUUAUCGUUUAUCCUUUGGGAUACCUACCAAUUUAUAGGAAACCCUGAUUUAUGACUGACCAAAUGGCGAAGGUUCAUUCGGGAAGGGAGCAAAUGUGUCACGUGACUUUGGGAAGUCUGCAGAGGUCAAGUUGAAUUUCUCACGCAACAAUCUACGAAAUCCCAUUUAUCCGAGCUUCAAGCCCUCGCUGGUCCGCGGGAGAAUACAUUAUGCUUCUCUACCAUCUCAAUCCCCAACAAACCACAGCCAGGCUUGAUAAGGGACUGCUGAAGAACAAGAUUGGGAUUGAAGAGUAACUAAAUAUGUUUUUACCACUUGAAGCAAAUUGUUAUUGAACAGAUAAGAAUUAUUCUAUUUAAUGAAUUGUGAAAUGUCACCAGUAGAUUUUUUAAUACAAACACCUGCUUGAUCUGUUUAAAACUGAAACAGUGUAGUUAGUGUAACUGAAAAAUGGUCAAAUAUCUGAUAAGAAUUGCAAAUCCAGCUACUUUUAUAUUAGUAGCAGUUGUGUAAUUCAGAAAUGGCAGCAAUGCAUGUGACGUCUUGCUCUCUGAAACCUGGCCUCACCAUAGAACCUCGAACUGGCACCAGAACAGAAUGGAUACCCAAUUUUUGGGAAUGAAAUAAUCCUCCCAUUUAUCCCCUUUAGGAACAGUUUACAAAUUGCUAAACAGAUUUAGUAUUUCCCCCAAAAUGUAUGUUCAAGACCCUAAAUGAUUUUCUGUAAAUCCAUUCUGUUUUAAAGCCCAGUUUUUUUCGAAACAAAACCUUAACUCAGCACAAUCUUGACUGAUCCGAUCUUCUGAGUCAGAUAAAGGCCCCAAUAAAUUUUUGGAUUUCAGCUCCUGUAAUUAUCCGUAACACAACUGACAUCGUCUGGUUCAAUUGAAGCUGUAUCUGUUCCUUAAAAUCCUGCCAGAAGCUACCAAAGGCAACUGGAGAUAAGUAGAACAGCCGCUGGCUCUUCAGGAUGUAUGUACAAUGUCACACUCGCCGUGUAUCCAAAGUUUGUCCCUCUGUGUAAAUGGCUUGAGCUUCAAUUAGAUGACUUUUCUACUUCUGCAAAAGAUAUUUUCAGGGAGUGCUGAUUUUCUGUUUACUAGCUGAGCGAUAUGACUACACUGUCUAACAUUGUGAUAGAUUUCCAUAUGACUCAGUAACUAGGCUAAUGUUUUGUUGUAAGGAAUGGAAUUGGCAUUUCCUUAUUGUCAGUAAAUAGACCCCAAGGUUUACUACAACUCUCUUGUACCACUGGGUCUACAUCGAGCACUAAAGGCCACUGCAUAAAUUUCUGUUCAUGACUAAACGUAACAGUCUGCUCUCCUUCCGUUUGCCUUCUCCCUGUGAUCCCUCACCACCUGUAGAAUCUGGGUUAAAGAACUUUGGUAGAUGGUCAUAUCUUUGUUUGAAAACAAUCGUGUUUAAUAUUUGAAUUUUAGUCAUGACAAAUUCAUUUUGGAUAAUUUUUUUUGUUUGAACUUAAUUGCUUUUUUGUGUAAUUUUAUGAACAAUAGUAACAGGCAUUUAUUUAAUUCGGUGAGAUUUCAAUGCUGAAACAAGCGUUUGACCCAAUGGAUCUCGUGUUUAUACAACACAAAUCUCAUCCCAACUUCAUCUAAUUCUGUCAGUGUACACUAGUUAUUUCUUCCUCAUGUGCUCAUCUGGCCAUCUAUCACACCGUCUGCCUGAACACCUCAAUGUGGUAGCAAGUUCCAUUUUCUCUGCUUAGAAAUGAGCUUCUUAAUGACAGGAAUUUAAGUCCUGUUGGAUAGAAUUACAUUUUUUUUUAAAAAGAAAGGAUCAGUUUGGGGAAGGGGGGUGUGCAAAUGUAAUUCUCUGCUGUGUCGUCAACAUAUUCAGAAGCUGCACUGAGGCCAGGUUUCAACUUCUGUCUGCUCUUACUAUUGUAAUUCCAGUAUUUUUUGUGUUUAAAGAAUGGGGCGGGGGCACUUACAUUAAUAGAAAUUGUCCUCACCUGGUCUGCCCUACAUGUGACUCCAGAUCCACAGUACUGUGGUUUACUCUGAACUGCCCUAAUUAAAUGGCCAUGCAGUUCAGGGGAAAUUUGGAAUGGGCAACAAAUACUGGCCUUGCUAAUGACGCCACAUCCCAUGAAAGAAAAAGGAAUUAAAAUGAAACUCACCAGCAUACCAUUUGAAGGAACACUAAAGUUCUAUAGGAGAAAUUGUUCUUAAUUAUGUUAAGAUGUACAUCAGCUUUAAACCCAUCCAGCACUCGUUUAAUGUAGGAAAUACUAUAUUAUAAAUGAAAGAUGCCAAUUAUAAGAUUUUCUGGGGGUGGGAGUGGUACCUGAACCAGGACAUGAUGAAUUGGGUCUGGCUUGUUUUUGUAAGGUAUUUAGAUUUGAACUAGACUGCUGUUAUUCAGCUCCAGUUUGUCUGUGCAUUUUGUGAAUGUUUACUGUACUACC